AUUAGUUUCUUGUGUGUUUCUCCCUGUCAAUAAUCCCGAAUCCAGACUCUCUCUAUUUCCAUCCCUCUCUAUCUGUCAAUCAGCGCCGCCUUUGAACUGAAAACCACUCCGACCAACUUCAACUCCUCAAUCCGGGCGGCUCGGCUCCAUCUCCGGCUUCUUUUUCUGCCAAGAUUCCCCUCUUUUGAGUUUGUACUAACCGCCACUGCUUGGAAAACGCCAAUACAGACCCUAAACUUAAACUCGGAUCCGGGAUCAGUAAGAUCAAGGGUUUAAAACUUUGUGUUUUUGCCCCCAAAAUUGCUCGGGAAAAUGCCGCAGCUCAACGGCGGUGGAGGGGACGAUUUGGGUGCGAACGAUGAAAUGAUUUCCUUCAAAGACGAAGGGGAACAGGAGGAAAAAAUUUCGGAGUCCUCUGCAGAAAGGGAUUUAGCAGAUGUCAAAUCUUCUCUUGUAAACGAAUCAGAAACGAAUCAAAACAGCUCGUCGGAUUCAGAGGCGGAAAGACGGCCUCCGCCUAGAUCUGAAACUUUCAGAGACAAAACAAGAGAAAGUUUAGAGGAGGCUGCGAAGCGGCAAGAUGGAGGGCUGUUCAAGAGCCCACCGUACCCGGGCUAUCCGUUUAUAAUGAUCCCUGAUCUUACGAGCCCCUACCUCCCGAACGGAUCACUUUCUCCAACUGCACGCACAUAUCUGCAGAUGAAAUGGCCACUGCUGGACGUCCAGGCCGGCAGCCUGCAGAGCAGACAAGCACUUAAAGACGCCCGCUCCCCCUCGCCCGCCCACAUCGUAGGCCCCUUCUGCUUGGAGUUCCCAGGACACACUGAUCUGAACCUCCACCAAUUUCAGUUGUCUAAUAAGGUACCAGUGGUUCAGCACCCCCACCAUGUGCACCCCCUCACACCGCUGAUCACGUACAGCAAUGAACAUUUCACCCCCGGCAACCCGCCACCGCACUUACAGACAGACGUGGACCCUAAAACAGGGAUCCCGAGGCCUCCCCAUCCUCCAGACAUCUCUCCGUACUAUCCUCUGUCGCCGGGCACCGUAGGCCAGAUUCCCCAUCCCUUGGGAUGGUUAGUACCACAGCAAGGUCAGCCGGUGUAUCCAAUCACGACGGGCGGCUUCAGGCACCCCUACCCCGCUGCUCUCACAGUCAACGCAUCCAUGUCAAGAUAUGCAACCCCAAGAUCGCCGGAGAGCCCCCAAGAGCUGACUGGUCUUGGACCCAGAGGCGCAUCUUGUCACCAGGCUAGGCAGGCAGCCGCUUGGGCCUCCCAAGCCUACAGAUGUCUUCUGUCCUCCAGGUUCCCCCCCCACAUGGUGCCCCCCCAUCACAGUUUGCACACGGCCACGGGCAUCCCCCACCCCGCCAUCGUCACCCCCAGCGUCAAGCAGGAGUCUUCCCACAGCGACAUCGGCUCCCUCAACAGCUCGAAACACCAAGACGCCAAAAAAGCGGAAGAUGAGAAAAAGAAGCCGCACAUCAAGAAACCCCUGAACGCCUUCAUGCUCUACAUGAAGGAGAUGCGCGCCAAGGUGGUGGCCGAGUGCACGCUGAAGGAGAGCGCUGCCAUCAACCAGAUUCUCGGACGCCGGUGGCAUGCGUUGUCUAGGGAGGAGCAGGCCAAGUACUAUGAGCUGGCGAGGAAAGAGCGACAGCUCCACAUGCAGCUCUACCCCGGCUGGUCAGCACGGGACAACUAUGCGGGUAACCAACAGGGUAAGAAGAAGAAGAGGAAACGCGAGAAGCAGCAGGCAGAGGGCGCCGAACACAGGGAAUAUUUCCCAAACCCCUGCCUCUCCCUCCCUCCAAUCACAGAUCUGAGUGCGCCUAAGAAGUGUCGCGCUCGCUUCGGCCUCGACCAGCAGAAUAACUGGUGUGGGCCUUGCAGGAGGAAAAAGAAGUGUAUCCGCUACAUCCAAGGUGAAGGAAGCUGUGCCAGCCCCCAAUCCUCUGAAGGUGAAAGUUUACUGGACUCUCCCCCCUGCUCCCCCUCCCCGGCUCCCCCGCCCUCCCUGAAAGAGCCCCACAUCACAACCAACAAACAGCAGCAGCAGCAGCAGCAGCAGGGUGAACAGAUGCAACCCCUCUCACUGACUCUCAAGCCCCCCCACCCCCACCUCCACCCCCACCCUCACCACCAUCACAUCCACCACCACCCCCACCACCACCACCCUGGCGCCCCGCCCCCACUGGCCUCCCUGCUGGAGAGCUCCGCCCACUCGAAGGGUGGCCACACCCACAACGGCUCGCUGGACCCGUCGGACGUCUCUCCGCCUCCGUCCUCUCGCACCUCGGGACCGCCAUCCUCCUCCUCCUCGUCCUCGUCCUCCUCUUCCUCCUCCUCUUCUUCGCUGGGGAGGGCUGCGGCACUCUCGGCCGCCCUGUGCCCGCCCCUCUCCGCCAUGUUGCCCAGCGCCCUCCCGUCGCAGCCCCUGUCUCUGGUCACCAAAUCCUUGGACUAACUCUUAUGACAGACACACACGUAAAAACACACACUUGCACACACACACACACUCCUCUCCUCACCUUUUUACAUUCAUCUCUUUGCAUUUUUUUUGUUUUCCUUUACUGUCUCUUGAAUCCUUUCUUUUAUUUUUGACGUUCUGUUUUGUCCUUCCUUUCCUUGCUUGCACCAAGAGGCUUUGGAUAUUAGAGAACUUUUUUUUGUCUUUUUUAAUUAAUUAAUCAAACUUCAUUGGUCAAUAUUUGACCCAUCAUUAUCUUAAGAAAAAAAAGGAAUUCUAUAAUGUAAUGAGGAGAGAAGGCUUACGAUGCAUUUGUAGAGUAUAGUGUCAAUCUGCCAAAAUUUGUAUGAUUUUUUCUUGUCUGUACAACAGAAAAAAAUGAAAGUAGGAGGUAAAGUAGCCGGGCUUAGAGGGGUGUCUAAAACACGUGUAAAGUAUAAAGUAGGAAAUGGCGGCCGGCCGCACGCUCUUCUAAACAGAGCAGCGGCCUUCUCCGGCUGUUCGUCCGACUGUCUGUCUGUCUGUCUGUCUGUUUAUUUGUUUGUUUGUUUGUUUGUUUGUAUGAAAUACGAGCCAGCGAACCAAUCAUAUUACACCUCUUGUACAGCUGGAGGGCGUCAGCUGUUGGGGAGAUCUCUGCAGCCGAGGACGGUCCUCCAGAGUUGGGCGAUGACGUUACGUUACUUUCUCUCUCUCUCUCUCUUUCUCUCUCUCUAUCUUUCUCUUGUGUAAAUGUACAGAUGUUUUUUGGGCAGUGUGGGGGGGAAUUCUGUGUUAAUACGCAUUGUUUCAUUACAUUGGUUAUUUUAUUUGACCCCUUUGGCUGUUUACCUGGGGAGCGUGGACAGGGAGAUUUAACAGG